CUGCAUUCCAGCCUGGGCAAUAUAGCAAAACUUUUUCUCUAAAGAAAGGGAAAGCAGCACAGUUCUACUGUAAAACCUUUACCAACAUGAUUAUUUUCCUUUUAAGUGUGCAGAUUUUUAGGCUACAAUUCUGUGGCAUUUUUGGCUAUUAACCCUAAACUAUAUCCCAUAAAGGAUUUCAUGUAGCAAAGCAUCUAAAAAAAUGGCUGUCUUUCUAAAAUGGAGUGAGAGUUUUGAAAUGAAAUAUAUGCCACACAAAAUAAUGACAUUUCAUUAUUAGGACUCAAAAUAUUCUCGAGUUCUGGUUGGUUGUAGUUGAAUGCAUUCUCAAGACUGGCGGGGCCUUUGCCCACAGUGCGGAACCAUAGCUAGUGACCCCUGUUUGGGGUCUCAUCUGUCCUUGUUCUGUCCUGUGGCUAAACCUGUUGCUGAGCAGAAAUAGUUUACACAAGACUGUUCAGUUCAGAUCAGUAGGUCCAGCUCUCUGAGCCAUGAGAAAUUGUUGUAUAAAGAGCUUGUGGGAGAGAAUAGCAAUGCAGGUUGAAAAGAAGUGCCAGUCUGUUGAGACUUUAAGGGAGGUGUACGAACUGAUUUUGUUACUAUUGUCUGGGAAGUGCCUUGUUUUGUUUUUAAAGCUGGUCACUCAUUUGCAUCAAGUAUUUGAAAAGUACGUUGUAAAUUAUUUGCUCUUUCCCCUUUGAGGAAGUGCUCAAAUAUUACACACACACACACACACACACACACACACACAUACGCAUGCACUCACACACAUGCACACAUAAAAAGAGGAAACAGUUGGAUAGGCUCUCAGAAAUCAUGUGAUUGAUGACUAAGUUAAAUCUUUUCUACUUACUGAAAAGGAAGAGUCUGAUGAUUAGUUAUUGAACCUCCUUGCAUUUUUAAAGUUUUGGAGAUAUUGAAUUAUGUUCCUGUUUAUGUUUUUUCCUACCCUGUUUUCUUCCAUAUUUACCGAACCUGGAAAGCAACAUUGGGUCUGCAACUCCUCCGACGCAAGUAUUUCAUACACCUACUGUGAUCACAUGGACUACCCUAUUUCAAUUAAUGUUAACCCCUGUAUAGCAUUGAAGGGAACCAAAGGACUUUUGCAUAUUUACUACAUUCCAAGGAGAGACUUAAACAAAUUAUAUUUCAAUAUCUAUAUAUCUGUCAACUCCAUGGAGAUUCCAAAGCGCAAAGAAGUUAUUUGCCGAGGAUCUGAUGACAUUUAUUCUUUUUGCAGAGCUCUGAAAGGAGAGACAGUGAAUACAACAGUAUCAUUCUCCUUCACUGGAAUACGAUUUUCUAAGGGAAAAUACCGAGUUGUUAUUGAAGCUAUUACUGGGAGUACUGAAGAAAUGCUCUUUUGCUUGAAUUUUACCCUCAUAUACCGCCCUCGUUUAAAUUAGAAUAAAUUGAGCAUUU